AAUUCAUAACAUAUAUUAUUAUGUAAUCAACAAGAAACUAAGAUGAACGGGCAAUAAUACCGAACACACAAAAUUAAUCGUUCAAUAUUAGUGUUAAUGCGUUAAAUCGAUAAGCCAACACAAUAUCACGACCUUAGCAGUACAAUCAUUUACAGCCGUUAAAUGAUUUGAUUCUACCAAAAUAAAAUAUGAAGGAACAAAAAACACCGUCGUCGUACAAACGAAAAACCCAAACUGUAAUAACUAAUAAGCCUCAUCGAAUUUGAUGAACACACAAUAAUCUACAUAUUUUAAUGAAUUGUUAUUAUUUUAAUUUCUGUUGUUUGAUAAUCACCUCAAUAAUUACGGUAGUGUAUAUCGUACGUCAUAUUGUGUCGCAUAUUGUGUCAAUCGUAUAUUGUGGCUCUUCGUUCCUGUAUACCACAGCUGUAUAUCAAAUCAAUCAUUAACCAUCAUAUAUUUUUAUCAUACCCAUAACUGUAUUAUUAUCAUAAAUGUGUCUACGAUUGGCGUCAACCAAAUCGGGGAUCGAAAUUGGGCGCAUUCGGGUCGUGAAAGAUGUACCCAAUAAUAAUAUAAUGCCAAUAGUUGUGAAAAAAAUAAUCUGUCUUGUUUAAAUACUUCUUCAAGCAGCAUGUGAUGAAUUUUGCAACACAACGAGAGAAUAAUACUAACCUUAAUUGAAAUCAGAGUGACAGCUGCACCCGUGUAUCAUAUAUCAUGUUGUCCGAGUCUUCGUACAGCGGUGAAAUGGAAAAACAGCCACUGCUCUCGUCGAAAAAAAUCCCGAUUCGGCGUUCGCUAUUGGCCAGUUUUCUCGCUUCCGUGAUGUCGUUUGCUUCGGGAACCGUAGUUGGUGGCUGGACGGCCCCAGAACAUCCUGAAUCCGUCGGCGAGAUGAUGUUCAUAAUGGAUACCAUGGAUGAGACGUCGUGGAUCGUUUCCAUAUACGUGAUUGGUGCGCUCUUGGGAGCACUUCCGGCCGGACAGAUAUCCCGGACCAUCGGCCGCAAGAAGUUCCUGCUGUUGCUCGCGAUUCCGAUGACACUUGGAUGGCUGUUAAUCAUGGCCUUCGUGAAUCACGUGUAUUUGAUCCUCCUCGGACGUCUCCUGUGCGGACUGUCGCUGGGUGCAGUCACGGUGGCUGUUCCACUGUACAACUACGACGUGGCGCCAGACGUGUGCCGAGGCCGUGGAGGAGUCUUCCUCGAUUUCAUGCUGUGUGCAGGCAUCCUGUAUUCAUACGUGUGCAGUGAAUUACUAGGCCUGCGCAUGUUUGCGUUAACCUGCGCCAUCAUCCCGCUAGUGUUCUGCGCACUUUUCUGGCGUAUGCCCGAAUCGCCGCUGUACCUGUAUAGCCGAGGACGCUUCUUGGACGCCAAAGCAGCUCUCAUAUGGCUCCAGGGAGACGACUCCGGCGUUUCCGCGGCAUUCGACGAUUACUCAAAACUGCAAACCGAAGACGACGCGCUUCCGGCCGACAAGGAUUUGCAACCCAAAGGAAGAAAGCGAGCUUUCGCUAAAGCAGUGAUCCUGUCGUUGGGGUUGGCCACCGUGCAGAGGAUGUCUGGUGCUGGAGCCAUCAUACAGUACACGUCGAAACUUUUCUGCUUAUCCGGAUCGUCGGUGGCGCCAAACACGGCUUCGAUAAUCACCGGAAUUUUCCAGCUCAUCGGUUCGGGCAUCACCAUUUUCCUCAUCGACCGGGUGGGCCGCCGAAAACUUCUACUCGUCUCGUCAUCGGUCGUGGUGGCGUGCUUGGCCGUAUUGACUAUGUACUUCUAUUUCUUGAACAAAGGCAUGCUGGAGAACUCUUUGAAAAUACUGCCGGUAGUCAUUGUGUGUACGUUCAUCGCGUUCUUCAGGCUCGGUUUGGGACCGAUACCGUGGUUCAUAACCACCGAGCUGAUCGGAGCCGACCACUCGAAUCGCGCCCAGUCUUACAUAGUCUCGUACUCGUGGGUAUUGUCGUUCGCAGUGAUGAAGACGUUUGUUAUGCUGGUCGACGAGUGGCCCGUUGCCUUGUGGCUUUUCUACACCGUCAUAUCGGUUUUCGGGUAUCUGUUCAUACUGUUUUUCGUACCAGAGACCAACAACAAGAAUGCUGAUGAAAUUCGUCUGUCGCUGGCGAACACGUAUCAAAUUCAUUCUUCCUGA